GAGAGAGAGAGUUUAUACCGAAACGGGGGUUUGAUCAACACUGAGCAGCUUACGGGAGAGCGACGGGUUGCGCGUCUGUGUCGUGGAUUAUGUAGAAUAACCGCGCAGGUGCGAUUGCAUUUGCGGUUGUGUAAAAAAAUAAAAAAAAGUUCCGGUGACUGCGCGCAUUGAACGCGACUUUAAAAGUGAACCGCAGGGGUCUUAGAGAAACCCCCCCCCAAGACAUUUGAAUAGAAACUGUGCCGGGCGAUGUAGACGCGUUAAAACGUCCACUACUGACGGUGAUUUGGGAUUGUAGUCCAUCAUGGAGGUCCGUACGGCUCUCACGUGUGUUUUGUUCAGCGUGUUUCUGUGGGCAGGAGACGCUCAGCACUCGGUACCUGAUUCAGUUUUAAACUGCUGCGAGGGCGAUGUCCUCUUCCUCCUGGACUCCUCCGGCAGCGUGGCCUCCUACGAGUUCUUCCGUAUGGUGGACUUCCUCAAGGAGCUCCUGCUGCCUUUCUCGUUGGGGCCGGACCAGGUGAGGGUGGGACUGCUGCAGGUCGGGACCGAACCCCAUCUGGAGUUCAGCUUCGACUCCUACAGCUCCCAGGACGGCCUGCAGGCGGCGCUGGGGAGGACCAAACAGCUGAAGGGCGACACCAACACGGUGGACGCUCUCCUGAUGGCUAGGAAGCAGGUUUUGAAACAGGGCGUGCCGGGGGGUGCCAGACCGGAUCUGCCCAGGGUUCUGGUUUGGCUCACGGACGGAGUGGAUCCGGGCGAGGUGCUGGAGCCGAUGGCGAGGCUGCGGGACGAGGGCGUGGCCGUGCUGGUGGUGUCCACGGGUCACGGGAACUAUCAGGUGCUGAGAGAGGCUGCGAGCUCACCCGCCGAGGAGCACCUGUUCUUCGUGGACAUCGACGAUAUCAACAUCAUCAGCGAAGACUUGAGGAGCGCAAUCAUCGAGAUUAUCCGUGCCGAGAGGCUUCAGGUGAAGUCGAUCACCAGCACUACAGCUCAGCUGGAAUGGAGGCCUGUGUUGGCCGGCACCGGCUACUAUGAUAUCCAGUUCGGUCCCGUCCGAUCAGGGCAGACCGGAGGGACUGUAGGUUCAGGCACCAGCCCUAGCACUGGUUCGGGCCCUUUUCAGAGGAUCACGCGGCCCGGAGAUGCCAGCUCGGCGAAGCUGAGUGGCCUGAGUCCAGACACCAAAUACACGGUCACACUCACACCGAAGGCCAACCUGGAGUUCCUCAACUCUCUUCAUACCACCUUCACUACACAGUCAGUGAACCGUCCUCAGCCCGAGGUGCAGACUCUGUCCACAGUGACCGUCUCAGAGUCCAGCUCUAACAGUGUCCGGGUGAGCUGGGGCCCGCUGCUGCCUCACCUCAUCCAGGGGUACCAGCUGGAGUAUUCAGCGCUUCCCACAGGCCCGCUGCAGCUCGUCAGAGUCAGUAACAGGCAGAACUCCACGGUCCUGACCGGCCUGACGCCCGACACGCAGUACCUGGUCACCGUGAGCGCGAGGCAGGCCUCCGGCAGAGAGAGAGCCAUGACGGUCAAAGUCUGCACACAGGAGGCGUUGCCAGCUCUCUCAGACCUGCAGCUCACCACGGUGGGCAACGAGUCGGUGCAGCUCCGCUGGAAGGGGAGUCACGAUGGUCUCCGUGGUUACUGGGUCACAUGGGAGCGAGGUCAGAGCCAGCGCUCCACCCUGUAUCUACCGCCCAACCGGCUCUCCACCACCCUCAACCACGUGCCCUCCAGGGCCCGCGUCUGCGUCUCUCCGGUGUACCGGACGGCCCGCGGCGAGGGGCUCUGCUGCACUGCUUAAAAGGCCUCCGCUGCGAUGACCUGAGACUGUGGAGCACCGCUCUGCCAAAUACGAAAGAUGGAGAAACGAACGAAACACCGAACACUUCCCACAAGUGAACGGACGGGAGGACAGGGGAGUCCGGGACGCUGUAGCUGUUCGAAAAGACAUCGCCCGUAGAUGGUGAUCCUCAAACGCACCCACACAACAUGCACUGACAAACAAGCUCCAAUCCACGCUUCUGACACAGAGACUAAACGAGUCUGAGCUCAAGCGACCUUCUGAAGAAUGAGACUUUUAAAGGAAUGUUUCGGGUUCGGGUUCACAGCUAUUGAUGACUGGCUUGCUGUGCGUUUUUGAAUUCGUAUCUCGCAAUUCAGAUUUAGUUUUUCGCUAUUUUUAGGCGGAAAAAGUAAGAAUGACAUGAAAUAAACUUUAUUUUCAAUUCUA